AUGAUUACCAUGAAACGACCCUUUUUGAUGAUUCACUUUUUGACGAUCCUCCCCAUAGAGAUCAUUAAAAAACCAAAAACUCGUCGAAAACACGCUCGGAAGAAGACAACGCCGAAGCCACGACCAACUGCAGCACCUCCUUCAGCAAGAAUACCAAUAGACUGGCGCAGGGAUGAGCUCAGGAAGCCCAGACACACCCCCAAACCCAGUGAUCUGUGGAGCAUUCCAUUCAGCUACACAUUCGGAACAUUGAAAAGUACUGAAGGACAGGUGGUGAGAGAAUUCUGGUUGAAAAACAGAAGCGUUUCGUUCGUAGAUGUCGAGCUGUCGUCGUCCAGCCAGCCGCUUUUAGCCAACUCGCGGUGGAAAUAUCCCUAUCGGGUCAACUACGAUAUUACGAACUGGAAGAUGAUCGCUAGAUUGCUUCAUCAGAAUCACAGGGAAAUCCCGGAGAGAUCUCGCGUACAGAUCCUGGUUGAUGCCGAAACGUUUCUCUCUCAUUCUGAUACGCCACAGUUAUUCGUCUAUAUGCUUGGAUAUCUGGUAGAAGAGCAAGAUCUGGGAGUGUCCCUGAUAGGGAUGAAUGCUAUCUAUCGCCUUUUCGACUCAUUCCGCGGCAUCGAUCUUCCGGAACUUCAGUUGUAUUUGGCUCCAGUGAUUGCACAACUCGACAAACUUCUUGAUGAGAGCCAAACGGACACUGAACAGGCCGCUCUGUGGCUUAUUGACCCCACGAGGCUCGACGGUGGAUGGCAUCGCCGAAUUCGUUACACGAUGACGUUCACAAGCAAAAGUAAAGGGACUCAUUGGUCGACUGCUGUUCAACUGGCAGGCUGUUCUCAUGGCGAUCGUGUUGUGAAAUUGGCUGCUAAGCAAAUUGUCGCCACUAAAAACGCAGCAAUCUUCGCCUCCGCACUGCAGUCGGACUUCUCUCUUCACUACAACGCCAAGUUUCGGGAAGCACUCUGGACGCAAAUUGGUAAAAUGACAGUUCAAGAAAGGAGUUUGCUAUUCUCCGCGGAUGAAGUCGAACCUCGGCCUGCCUCCAAGAUAUUGCUUCACUCGAUUAGAACUCUGGAAGAGCUCAGUCAGGUACGAUCGCUGGUGGAGAACUGGGGUCAGAAAAUGUCCAAGCAUUUGGAAUACAUCGAACGGCAUUUGCGAUGGAAACUUCAUGUUUCACGUACUUCUUUACGAGAGUUCUUUUCUAAUCACGCCACAAUCUAG